AAUACUGAGCUUUUUAAGGCACAUCUUGCUCUUUUUUCAGGUUUCCAUCAACAUAUUCUGGCAAUCUUCAAGAUGAAAUCCUUUGGCUUCGACCUGUGUGCAGCUACUGACACUUGAGCAUGGAUCAAAGUGAAUUUCCACCACUUUCAGGCACAAGGAAUAAUUGGAAGAUUUUUUUUUUUGUGUGUCCACAGGGUAUAACACUCCUUUGCAGACCCAUUUUAGAUAAAAAUUAAAUCCAGUGCAUCCAGCAAGGCUCCUCUCUGCUCAGCAGGGCUGCAGCCGGGGUGAAGUGAAGGCAAACAGGGCUUAGUGUCUGUAUCUUGACAAGUUGUGUGGUUCUGCUCCUUCCUUCAUUCAGGUGGAGGCUCUACAAGCUGCUGGAGGAGAAAUUCAGGGGGAAUGAGAAAAUAAACAGCCCCCGAGCCCUGAGCAGCCCUCCCGAUGUCUGUAAGAGUAUAUAAAUGCAGAUACACGUAUUUAUACACAUGGAUGUAACAGCUGCCUCGCUCUUCUAGCUCUCCUCCUGCACCUGCCUCUGUCUCCAUCCCAGGCAGGAUGCUGGGCUGCUUUCAGCCUGACUUCACGAGUCCUUUCCCAUCCUGCAGGCACUGGAUGUCCAUGGAGAUGUCCAAAUCCCCACGUCCACUCCUUCCGUCCCUGCCAUUGUCAGGCCCAGCCUGACUCAUGUCCCCUUCCUUGCUUUCUCCGUGCUGGUGUAAUUUCCAAACCACCUUCCUUCCCUAUUCCACACCCCAAUUUAUAUUUUCCCAGCGGUCACGUCUUUCCCCUCCUUCAAAACCGCUUUCAGCAAACCAGCGUCACCUCUGUUUAAUGAGAGCCCCUGGAUGUUUAUCAUGUCGUUAAAUCAUUUCCUUCAAGUGGCCUCAGAUGAAGUUAUCACUGUCAAAACGUGAUGCAAACGCUCAGUAGGAAGCACACAAAGGGAGAUCCCAGGCUCUUGGGAAGUUUGGGUGAACUGUUUGCAGAACUGUGCCGAGCCCACCCCUCCGAGACCUUUAUUUCCCCCUGCGGCAGCUGUCAUCUGAUCCCACGCUUUGGCUCUGAAUGGGGCUCUCGGAGGAUGCCAGAUGUUGGGAACAAAGGUCUAAAAAUAAUCUUUCCAAGUAAUCUUCCCGUCCAUCACUCAAGGAGAGCGUGAGCUUUGUGUGAACAUGUGAGCUGAGAACCUGAUCUAACUUAAAGAAGUUCAACAGCAGCUCCCGGCUUCUGCCUGUGGGCUCCUUUUUUUUUUUUUCUUCUUUUUUUUUUUCUUCUUUAUUUUUUUUUUUCCUUCCCUUCCCCUUUUCCCUUCGCAGAAGCUGCGCAGGGAAAAGCGGCUCUCGGAGCGCUCAGCCCUCUCUCUUUCUCCCUCCCUUCCCUCCCUCCCUCCUUGCCAAGCCUCGGAACCUCCCGAAUCCCGAAAGCCAGGGGCUCUUUAUUCCAUCUCUCCCUGGAAAAACCACCGGGUUGCAGGCUGCUGCCAGAGAUGCGUUUCUGCAGGAAGAUCUUGGCUGCAGCCUUGUGUGUCCUGGUUCUGCUGCCGGAGCCGGGCAGUGCCAGGACGCUCUGGAAACGCGCUCUGCUGAAAAUGACCGAGAAAUACGAUGAUUAUGAGUACCCUCUUCAUUCUCACAGUUCCCACUACCAGAAGAACGACCGGUGCCCGCCGCCGCCGCAGAGCCUCCCUGAGCGCGCCUGCGAGGUGCCCAGCUGCCGCUCCGACUCCGAGUGCGAGCGCCACAAGCGCUGCUGCUACAACGGCUGCAUCUACGCCUGCCUCGAGUCCGUGCAGCCCCCACCAGUCUUGGACUGGCUGGUUCAGCCCAAACCCCGCUGGCUGGGAGGCAAUGGGUGGCUUUUGGAUGGCCCAGAGGAAGUCUUACAAGGUACACGACAUUUCUCUGUCUUCUCUGUAAUAUCUUUAAUCACACAAAGGUCCUGCAGAAUAAAUCCCUCAUACAGAGCUUGCCUGGGAUGUUGGGCUGCUGGGACUGCUGGUAUUUGUCUGGAGUUUCCAAGGUCAGAGUUUAAUACAAAAAUAAAGGCUGACUGGGUAUGUUCUCACCAUGUACCUUCUUUUCCAGAUGGACACAACCUGAGGCAUAAGUAUUACAAGGAAUAUUUUGGGAGCAAUUCCAACAAUUUGGUCGGCUAUGUGAAAAACCAGCAGAAGCAUUUAGGCUAAUUGAAGGUGUGCCUGGCUGGACUACUCUGUCAAGGAAUGCUUUACCCAGCAGCUUUCUGGCUCCAGAUCUCCACAAGCACAUCUCCAUCAUCCCCCUGCCCAUCAAAAGAAAUUCCAUUAUCCAAGGAACAGGAUGAGUCCAGAUUUUAACCCCACCAGGAAGGGGAAAAAUAUGAUCUCCCAAAGGAAACCACACUGUUUAUCAGCUGCCCUGCUACAAAUGAAAUGCAAACACCUCCAAGGGAUCUCUGUAAGCCUCAGUGCCAUGAUCAGGCUGCUGCCACAGAGCCUGCCCUUCAUGUGCUUGUUGUGUGACUAAUUCAGAUUGCAGGCCUGUGAACACAACGCAGUGUUACUAAAGUGACGUCAGAAUUCUACCUAAAUAUCAUAUCUAAGUUGCUUUAAAAUAGGUGAGACUAAAGAGGUUCCCUGGAUCAAAUCCAGUGCCUGCCUGUCUUGAACAGUUCCUUUAAAGAAGCCUUUUCAUCAGCUUAAAAUUCAAAGAAACCUGCAAGUUUCUUCUUUUUUUAUUUAUAUCCAGACAAAAAAAAACAGGCUUGACACACCCACUCUAAAUGGCUAACCCUGAAGUCUUAAGAAUUUGAGGAAGUUUAAGCUAGGAGCAAAAACAGCUUUAUAACUGUUUUUAGGUUACUUUUCUCAGUCUGGUGAGCUGCAGAUUGAGAGUUAAUAAUGGAACAAAUUCCUUCCUACAAUAUCCAGGCAGAGACACAAAUGCAUGCCAGGCUUUGUAAUGUGCUGGUUUUAGCCAACACAGUUAAUACUCACAAAAUCUGUGGCUUUGUACCUGCAAAACCUCAGCAAGAGGCCUGAAGACUGCAUAAUUUGUUAAAUGUGUUAGAAAAGCAAACCCAGGAUGAAUCUGUGUGAUGAAAAAGAUUGUCUGGCAGAUGGGCCACUGCUCCUCAGGAGCCCUGUACCUUUGUGUUCCAUAAAUCCUUAAUGUCUGGGUAUUUGUAUUUGGGCCUCACAGCUUCUUUUAGCUGCUUAGCAUUAUACAAUGGAAAACACAUUUUCUGUUAAGGUUUUCUUUUCCUGUGGAAGUUCUGAAGGGACAGUUGCAUUUAUUGUGGCAAAUCAGCCAGAAUUGUUUGGCAGAAAAGCCACGUUUGCUGCCUGGUUUAGUCCAUGUCCCAUCUGCAUGCAUGAAAUUAGCAUUUUAAUUUGCACAGUAGUAGCACUGCAUAUAAAUACCCAGUUCACAAAUGUAAGUGCCUACUUCGACUCACAAAAUACAGGAUUAUUUUUCCACUCACUAAAUGGUUUAAGCCAAACCCAAGACACCUAUAAAACUCUUGAUACUUUGCACAUGACAUUUGCAGCUGGAGAGAUGGAAAAUACCAAACUGCUCUUCUGUUUCCUAUUCUAAACACAGUCCUGGGUGCUUUACAGAGCAAAGAAACAGCUGAAGGGCUCCACAUUUUCCUAAAUAUCUUCAUUUGUUGAAAUCACUUUUUUUUCAAAGUGCAAGAUAUUAAAUGCAGCACCAUGUUUGGACAGAGCUAUUUUUAGAAUUUUAUCCUACAGCUUCCUGCAAUGACAUUUUAAUUCCUGCUCAGACAGGAGCCACAGAACAAGAGAGUUGUGGAAUGGUUUGUGUUGGAAGGGAGUUUAAAGCUCAUCACCUUCCACUAGACCAGGUUAUCGAGGCUCAAAUCUGUAUUUAAUAGUUCCAAUCUGUGUUUAGACCAGAACCUUGCCACUUAUCCUGCUGCAGCCUCACUCCUCGGUGCUUCUCAGUGAAAUAGAUUUUCUUCAGCAUUACUUUCAGCAGAAAAAAAAUCAAAUUCUGAUUAAAUGAGCAAAUCCCUCCAGUGAUCUAAUCCCCAAAGAGUAAAUGCCAAAAUGUUCAAUUUUAUACUAAAAAAUUCCUAAAAUCUUGUGAGGAGCUAGUUGAAAAACUAGUGUUGAGCAUUCAUAAAUUUGAAAGAUUAAAACUUCAAAUCUCAACCUAAUCUCUCAAAGCAGCCCAAAAUAUGCUUAAUUUGAGUGGACACAUUCACUUUGGUGUCUGUUUUCUUUGUAGCUGAAGAAGCAUGUACCUGACCACCAGGGUGGGGCAGUGCAGGUAUUUUCUGCUUGCAAAAGGAAUUAAAAAAAAAACAAGAACAUUGAUGAGUUAAUAAUUCGAUGGUAAAUUUCUGUUUACUGGGUGUUAUCAAAGCCAUCAUCCUUCUUCGUGGUGCUAUAAUGCUCAGGGGGUUUUUUCCGAGUUAAUUCAAGUUAUUAAUUGUCAAACUCAGAAACAAAAGCCACAGAAGGGACUUGUCAAAGUGCUGUGUUUUCAACAGUGAAACGCUGAACACCGAAAUGGGAAACUCAGUCACUGAAAUGAAAACACAGAGCAGGUGAGCUGUCCUCAGCUGCUCUUCUCUCCAAAAACAGAUGCUUUACCAGCAGCACAGUAGGAAAUACCUGGUGUAGGUUGUUCUGAACAUUUUCAUGACCACUUUGCAGUGUGUUUGGUGCUAUGAUCACCUUCCUGUGUGUCACUGAGUGCUGCCAAUGCCCACGGCCUCCCACAUCCCCGAGGAUCUGUGCAGCCCCAGGCAGCCCCUCCCUGGUUUGUGCCCCUGGUGCUCAGAUGUGUUCAGGUUCUGCUUUGGUGCUCAAUAAAAAGUGACCAGUCUAUUUUUCGAC